AUGACUAAUCUCCCAGGUCGCUCACUCUUCCGUCCACUAGUCUUUGCCAUUGUCAUCCUCCUCGUCCUACUAUCUUGGAAUUACGGCCGCUCAGGAGAUACCACGACAAUGUCCCACGAGGAAUCCACCCAACAUGCUGAAGGCCUGUCCCGGCUCACCGUCCGCAUCCGUCAAUCUUCAACAUCUCCUCCCACGUUGGCACUCUCCGUCACGAACGACCACACCUUCCCCCUCACCAUCCUUCGCUGGAACACGCCCCUUGAUCCUCUAGCGUUGCAACUCGGGGUUCUCUCAGUCACGCCCGAGGGUAAAGAUGCCCCGCUCGAGCUAGACACCAUCGCGCUGCGACGGGUUAUGCCGCCACCCGCCGAGGACCUCAUCACCCUUCAGCCGGGCGACAGCAAGGAGCAGGAGAUUAUCCUGAGGGAGACCAUGCUGCCGUUUGACAAGCUUGGCAAGACGCCUCGCGUGGCAGCCAAGGGCAAGUGGCAGACUGUGUGGCCCACGACGGCAGAAAAGCUUAGCCAGGAAACCAUUGAGAAGCUUCAGUUCGGCGAAGGUGUGCUCACAGGCGAGUUUGCCACGGAGGCGAUAGAGGUUACUAUCUCGUAA